CCAAAAAUCGAAAAUGGAACCACACCCCUCCUAUCAAAAUAUAUCGAGAUUCUUCUCCGGCCGCCUGUAGCAGAAGCGCUCCAUCAUUCUCUCAAUACUUUAAACUCUCCCUCGCCUCCACCGUCACCGCUCUAGGGUUUCACCGAUUUCUGCAACCCCUAAUUCCCCAAUCUCUCCGAUUUCUUUCACUACACCGUACACAUCGACUUUGAUCUGAGUCAUGGCCGACGAGCCACUCUCUUCGUCUCAACCAUUGGCCUCUACGUCUUCUAAUGCUGCUCCGUUGGGCCACUCUGUGAUCCCAAUCGUGAACAAGCUACAAGACAUCUUUGCACAGCUCGGAAGCUCAUCGACGCUCGAGCUCCCUCAGGUGGCCGUUGUCGGCAGCCAAAGCAGCGGGAAAUCGAGUGUGCUCGAAGCCCUUGUGGGCCGGGACUUCUUGCCUAGGGGUUCCGACAUCUGUACGCGGCGGCCGCUGGUGCUUCAGCUGUUGCAGACGAAGCGGAAGCCGGACGGCAACGACGAGGAGUACGGGGAAUUCUUGCACUUGCCGGGGAAAAGAUUCUACAAUUUCAAUGAUAUUCGUGAGGAAAUUAAGGCUGAGACAGAAAGGGAAGCAGGAGGAAAUAAAGGUGUUUCAGACAAGCAGAUACGUUUGAAGAUUUUUUCACCAAACGUUCUUGAUAUUACACUGGUCGACUUGCCGGGUAUAACAAAGGUUCCUGUUGGUGACCAGCCAUCUGAUAUUGAAGCACGGAUCCGGACAAUGAUAAUGUCAUAUAUUAAACGACCAAGCUGCUUAAUACUAGCUGUUACACCAGCAAAUUCGGACUUAGCAAAUUCAGAUGCGCUUCAGAUAGCUGGAAAUGCUGAUCCUGAUGGUAACCGAACCAUUGGUGUAAUCACAAAGCUGGAUAUUAUGGAUAGAGGAACUGAUGCCCGCAAUUUUUUGCUCGGAAAAGUGAUUCCCCUUCGACUUGGUUAUGUAGGCAUUGUCAAUCGUAGUCAGGAGGAUAUCAUGCUCAACCGGAGUAUCAAAGAUGCCCUUCUGUCUGAGGAGAAGUUCUUUCGCAGUCGUCCUGUGUAUAGUGAUCUUGCAGAUCGUUGUGGCAUCCCCCAGUUGGCAAAGAAAUUGAACCAGAUUCUGGUUAAACAUAUCAAGAAUGUACUUCCAGAAUUGAAGAAACGCAUAAGUGAUGCACUGAUUUCUGUUGCCAAGGAGCAUGCUAGUUAUGGAGAAAUAACAGAAUCAAGGGCAGGUCAGGGAGCUCUUCUUCUGAACAUACUCUCGAAAUACUCUGAAGCAUUCUCUUCAAUGAUUGAGGGAAAAAAUGAAGAAAUGUCAACAUCUGAGCUGUCUGGUGGAGCGAGAAUCCAUUAUAUAUUCCAGUCAAUAUUCGUGAAGAGUUUGGAGGAGGUGGACCCCUGUGAGGACUUAACUGAUGAUGACAUUCGAACUGCCAUUCAGAAUGCAACUGGCCCUAGAUCUGCCUUAUUUGUACCAGAAAUUCCUUUCGAAGUUCUUGUUCGGAGGCAAAUAGCUCGAUUGUUAGACCCAAGCCUUCAAUGUGCUAGGUUCAUUUAUGACGAGUUAAUGAAGAUGAGCCAUCACUGUAUGGUAAAUGAACUGCGAAGAUUUCCUGUUCUUAGAAAGCGCAUGGAUGAGGUUAUAGGAAACUUCUUGCGAGAAGGCCUUGAACCUUCAGAAACUAUGAUUGGACACAUUAUUGAAAUGGAGAUGGACUACAUAAACACUUCACACCCGAAUUUCAUUGGUGGGAGUAGAGCUGUAGAGCUGGCAUUGCAACAAGUCAAGUCCUCUAGAAUACCUGUAGCCCUUCCUAGGCAAAAGGAUGCAGUAGAUCCAGAAAAACAACCGACAUCUGAAAGAAGUCUUAAAUCCAGAGCUAUUCUUGCCAGACAAGCAAAUGGAUUUGUUUCUGAGCAGGGAGUUCGGCCUGUUGCGGAUGUCGAGAAAACCACAUCUUCUGGAAGCACAACUAGUUCAAGUUGGGGAAUUUCAUCAAUUUUUGGUGGGUCCGACAAUCGUAUGUCUAUCAGAGAGGCCUCGACAAGCAAGUUGUUUAGUGAACCUAUUCAGAGUAUGGAGCAUGCCUUCUCUAUGAUCCAUUUGAGAGAGCCCCCAUCUGUCUUGAGGCCUUCAGAAACUCAUUCGGACCAGGAGGCUAUUGAAAUUCAAGUCACAAAACUGCUGUUGAGGUCGUAUUAUGAUAUUGUUAGGAAGAACAUUGAGGAUGCUGUUCCUAAAGCAAUUAUGCACUUCCUGGUAAACCAUACAAAACGAGAUCUGCAUAAUGUCUUUAUUAAAAAGCUUUACAGAGACAACCUGUUUGAAGAGAUGUUGCAGGAACCCGAUGAGGUGGCGAUGAAGAGAAAGCGUACUAGAGAAGCACUUCGUGUUUUUCAACAGGCUUUCAGGACAUUGGAUGAACUACCACUUGACGCCGAGACGGUCGAAAGGGGUUACAGCUUGACUGCUGAUCCAACGGGCUUACCAAAGAUCCACGGGCUCCCAACUUCAUCCAUGUAUUCUACAAGCAGUAGUUCAACUGAGUCCUACACAGCUUCUCCUAAGAAGCCGAAGUCCCGCAAGUCGUCUCACUCUGGGGGUCACUCUGGGGAGCUACAGCCGGCACUGUAUGCUAAUGCAGAUUCCAACGGAAAUGGACGCAAUUUUCUGGGGCUCUAUCCCACAGUUGAUUAAUCUGUAACUUGUUUGAACGAAUGCAUAUGAUCAAGUCUAUCAAGGUAUUCAUUUAAUUACUCUCUAUCCGACAUUUUCGGAAGACAUCUGGAUUUGGUCCAAUGGAAAUUAAUAUUCUUUUUUCUCA